AUGUGUCAGACUGCGGCAGUAUCAGAGUCGUUAGAGAAUCUAAUGAAUAAAUUCUGGGAGCGCGAAGAUGGACGAUCAUUCUCCAAUAAUUCUAUAGAGGAAGCAGAAUGUAAGGAGCAUUUUGUGAGAAGCGUUAAGCGAAACGAAGAUGGGCGUUAUAUGGUAGGACUUCCAAAAUCAGACGAAGCUCUGGCACGAUUAGGCGAGUCGAAGUCAACGGCUAUGCAACGUUUAAAAAUGCUAGAAAGACGUCUGGGCCGCGAUCGCACGCUUAAAAAUGAGUAUCACGCCUUCAUGGCUGAAUAUUUAGCACAAGGGCACAUGAAGAAGGUGGUAAACGAUCAUACGAGUAGUUCCAUUGUCAGCUACUACCUUCCACAUCAUCCGGUAAUUAAAAAUUCGAGCACCACCACGCGAGUUAGAGUCGUUUUUGAUGCGUCUAGUGAGACAUCAACUGGAAUGUCACUAAACGAUGCCCUACUGAACGGUCCAGUUCUACAAGAUGACCUUCGAUCAAUCAUAAUGAGAAGCCGGCUGUAUCCUAUAGUACUAAUCGCUGAUGUGGAAAAGAUGUUCCGACAAGUGUUGAUAGACCCUGCAGACCUACCAUUGCAAAAGAUCAUAUGA